GAGGGUUUUCUUUUUUGUUUUGUUUUCCCUUUUUUCCUUUUCCUUUUCCUUUUUCUUCUCCUCCUUUCUGGAUUUUCAAUUUCUAUUUUCAAUUUUUUUUAUUUGUUUCUUAUCCCUCUUCCCGUUUCCUUUCCCCGAAACCCUAGAGAAAUUUCUGUUCGUGUAAAAUAUGCAACAACAGAGGCUCAAACAGCAGGCGAUGAUGCAGCAACUGUACCACCACCCUGCUCUCUUGGCCGCCGCCGCCGCGCCUCAGAUAGAGCCUAUCUUGAGUGGAAAUCUGCCUCCUGGGUUUGAUUCAAGUACAUGCCGCAGUGUGUAUGUAGGAAACAUUCACCCACAGGUUACUGAACCUCUCCUUCAAGAAGUUUUUGCAACUGCUGGUCCCCUUGAAGGAUGCAAGCUCAUCAGGAAGGAGAAAUCAUCCUACGGUUUUGUGGACUACUUUGAUCGUAGAUCAGCUGCGAUCUCCAUUGUCACUCUUAAUGGGAGGCAUUUGUUAGGGCAGCCUAUUAAAGUUAACUGGGCAUAUGCAAGUAGUCAGAGGGAGGAUACAUCAGGUCAUUUCAAUAUUUUUGUCGGUGAUCUUAGCCCUGAAGUAACAGAUGCUACAUUAUAUGCAUGUUUUUCUGUCUAUCCUAGUUGUUCAGAUGCAAGGGUUAUGUGGGAUCAGAAAACUGGGCGUUCAAGGGGCUUUGGAUUUGUCUCUUUUAGGAAUCAGCAGGAAGCCCAGGGUGCAAUAAAUGACUUAAAUGGAAAGUGGCUUGGAAGUAGACAAAUUCGAUGUAACUGGGCUGCAAAAGGUGCUAAUUCUAAUGAUGACAAGCAGAAUUUGGACUCAAAAGGUGUUGUUGAGCUAACAAAUGGAACAUCAGACGAUGGUCAGGAGAAGACUAAUGAUGAUGCACCAGAGAACAAUCCUCAGUAUACCACUGUUUAUGUGGGCAAUCUUGCUCCAGAGGUUACUUCAGUUGAUCUCCAUCGUCAUUUCCAUGUCCUUGGUGCUGGAAUUAUUGAAGAUGUUCGUGUGCAACGCGAUAAAGGUUUUGGUUUUGUGAGAUAUAGUACACAUGCUGAAGCAUCUCUGGCUAUUCAGAUGGGGAAUGCUCGGAUCCUCUGUGGCAAACCAUUAAAGUGCUCAUGGGGUAGCAAGCCUACUCCACCAGGGACAGCCUCUACUCCUCUUCCCCCACCGGCUGCUGUACAUAUGCCAGGUUUUUCAGCUGCUGACCUUGCAGUCUAUGAGCGACAAAUUGCAUUAAGCAAAAUCGGGGGUGCACAAGCCCUUAUGCAUCCACAUGGCCAAUAUGCCCUUAAGCAGGCAGCCAUGGGAAUGGGUUCUGCCGGAGCUGGUCAGCCUAUCUACGAUGGUGGUUUCCAAGGUGUUGCAACUACCCAGCAGCUCAUGUACUACCAGUAAUUAUAAUUUGAAAACUCCCAUUUAUACCUUUGCAGGGAGGAACAACUUCCUUUAUAGCCUUUAAGAUGUCGUGCUUUUUGGCUUCCCUCUCUCUCUCUCUCUCUCUCUCUCUCUCUCCUCCCUUUUACUCCUUGGUUAGAUUGCUGUAUGUCUGUUACAUGUUGCUUUGUGUGCGAUAGAAUUUAUAUUUUCUGUGAGGUUAUGAUGACCCAACUCAGCUUAAGCAUGAUCACAUUACAGCUUCUCUUUGAUUAUGUGGGAAUAAUUUUUUACCA